AUGCCGUCCUCGAAGACCACGGCCACAAGAAGAAAGCACACCAAUCUGAAACUAGGAUGUCUAAAUUGCAAACGAAAGAAGAUUCGAUGUGACGAGAACUUGCCUCAAUGUGAAAAUUGUCUGAGAGCAAAGAAGGAGAUCUGCUCCUAUCUCACUAUGAACCAGGCCGAUAUCAACAGGAUAAAGUUGACCCAUUCGCUCAGAAACUCUCAGAACAAGCUCUUGUCCAGAGAUUACCGACUCCCGAUCUCCACCAACCACUACUUCGGCAACUCCAGCGAUGGCAAAAUCGAGUCUCCUGUCACUACCGCCAACACGUUGGAGUUCCAGUUUGAGUUUUGCGACUUUGACAUGCCUUUCCCAAAAGUGCCUUACCUUGCAUUCCAGUUCCAUAACACCUUCUUGGACGCCUAUCGCCAGGGCUACGAUUCUGACGACGAUAUGACGCCCAGUGUGGUCAGUACGGAAGAUGCGGCGCCUCGGGGUCUACCUCAUUGCCGUCCGCUGAAUUCUACCUUCGAACGACUCGACUACGCAGCAUUAACACUGAAAGUUGCUCCUCAGACCCAGGCAAUAAGCUUGAUGCACUUUUGGGAGAAGUUCGACGGCAUAGGCUCGUUCGCGAAUGUGUUUAUCGACUCAAAUAUUCUUGUCGGAAGAGCAGUGAUAUCAAAUGCCAUGAGACAGAAGUUGGAGGUAGUCCCGGACUCUGAUGACUACAAUUUAAUGGUCCAGUGUGAGACUAAAGCUCGUCAGGAGUGCCCCAUUGUUACAAAUUCCUUGCUGAGACUUAUUAGGACGCACGUAGCCAACAUCGAGUCCAAUACAUCAGCCCGCGAGUUGCAAUAUCAGUAUACCCUGGUGAGUUUUGCCUCGUGGAAUUGCACGGUUGCACUUGUCUUCCUCAAUUCACCUCGUGCCUUAGUAGCCCAAAUCAUCAGUGAUCGUUGCGGAAUCUUCAUCAAAUUCAUGCGAAGGGUAUCUAGCACUGAGGUUUCCAGCUCUGUUUUGGUCAGGGAAUUUACAGUAUUCGCCCACUCGGGUUUGCUCUAUAUUCACAUUCCUCUGUACGAGCCUGCUUUCCUCUUUGAGAUGAGAAACAACUUGCGUACGCUCGAGUCCAUCAUGGAUGAACGUACAAUCAUGAUGAUUGAUGACAAAAAAAGCAUGGACCAGCUUCGAAGGAUUCGUGUUUACUAUUACAACUUGACGUCAUUCCUAGAUAACUACGUGCUCAACUAUGUGUACGCCACUCGAAAUGAGCUGUACGUCACCACAUAUCCUCCCAAUAUGCUCUUCACAGCUCUACAACGGUGGUGGACAAUUUGUCCCACCGAGUUGGUGGCGGACGGGAUAACGUACGAGUUUCCUGGAUUUUUGGAUGACAUUAGGAGCACCAUCUUUUUAUAUUUUGAGGCUCUCGGUAUCGCUCUUGACUCUGUAUUGCCUGCAGCAAAGUAUCUUUUCACCUUGGGUUUCCAGUGGGUUUCUAGAAAAGUGGUUGAUGCCAAAAGAUUGCGUCCAAAUCUCGAAUUGUAUCGCACUGACUAUGUUCUUCCAGACAGAGAGCUCGCGAACUUUCUCUGGAGACAUAAUAUCUAUGCUAUGAGACUAUGGACCUUUUUCGACAAGAGGCUCAAGCUUUACAAGGAAAACACAACGUUCAGGUGUCCGUUCCCAGACACCAUGCCCAGCAGUCAGUUUGGGCCCAGGAACAUCAAAAAUGCAUUGGAGCUUCCUAUCCGGAACUUCAACACUCUGUCCAUCAAGCAACAUAAUUUCGCAAAGAAAAUUCACUCGCACUACGAUCUGCUCCUCAAAGACUCCUCCGUAUGUGCAAUAUAUACCAGGGAUGACGAAGUGCCAGACACUAUGGAGUACAGUGAGCCGAUAGACAUAUUUGAUAUGUCUCGACCUUUACGGUUUGUAGAGUCUACACGGUUUCUCGAACUGGAUUACAUGUAUAAGGAAGAUCCGUCUCCUGUUAUUGACGAUAGCAAUUUGGACAAUGCUGUACUGAUGCAGUAUUUCGAGGACCGUAAGAUCUUCUUGAAUGAAGUACGGUGA